AUGGCUCAGUUGGCCAGCCCGGAGUCAGCAAAUGCAGAAGCAGGAAAAGCUGACUUAAAAGACCCAUCAGCCACCAUGGCUUUCAGCACAUCGAGGCCCCCUACCAGCUCGCCCUGCGAAGGCGCAGUCGCAGCAGCAGCAGCAACAGCAGCAGCAGCAAGGACGGGGCUCGAGAGCGCCGCAGCAGCAGGAAGCAGCGGAGCAGCAGUAGAGGCGAAGGCAGCAGCAGCAGAAGCAGCAGAGGCGGGGGGGCAGCAGCAGCAAGCAGCAAAUGCAGAAGCAGCAGCAGCUUUUUACUGCUCUUACGUUCACAUAAAGCUGCGGAUAAGUUGGCCAGUCAGAGAACUUCUUGAGUCCCUCGCGAACCUGCGCAGACACGAAGUGACCUCAAACCCAUGCAGCAGCAACAGCAGCAGCAGCAGCAGCAGCAGCAGCAGCAAAUGCCGCCGCGAAGGUAACAGGCAGCAGAGCUCCACGCAGCGCCAGCAGUCACAGCAGCAGCAGCAAUGCGGAGCAGCAGCAACGGGAAGCAGCAGCAAAACGCGCUGCAGCAGAGGAAGCGGCAAACCAGCAACCGGCAGCAGAGAUGGAAGUUGCAGCAAAACGCAAGGCAGCGCUAAGACUAAACCCUAA